AGGAAUUUCCUUAAUAUUUUCCAACCCCUGGUUGGAAAUGUCUCUUAAACAAGCAGGGAGAAGAAGUUGGCUGCACCAUACCAGAUGAGAGGCUAUGGGAAUUUGGAAUAUGAGAUUUGAUUUGAAAGAGUUCAUCUUUCACCAGCCUGUGUGUGAUUCUCAACAGUAUAUAAACUAUAUGCUUACUAGAAAACCUGAUGUAACUCAGUGAGUUUGUUUGAAACUGACUGCAAGUAAUCGGUCUGUGUUAUAGGUCUAAGCUUUUUAUCCAAUUAAAAACAAAACACAACGUUUUAAUUGAAAAGUAGGCAUUUGUUUGAAGCCGAUAAAGAAAGAAAUUCACCAGCACCACGAUGCCUAUUCCACCCAUGCUCUACCAAGGUUUACCAGCACCACGAUGCCUACUCCACCCAUGCUCUACCAAGGUUUACCAGCACCACGAUGCCUACUCCACCCAUGCUCUACCAAGGUUUACCAGCACCACGAUGCCUACUCCACCCAUGCUCUACCAAGGUUUACCAGCACCACAAUGCCUACUCCACCCAUGCUCUACCAAGGUUUACCAGCACCACGAUGCCUACUCCACCCAUGCUCUACCAAGGUUUACCAGCACCAAAAUGCCUACUCCACCCAUGGUCUACCAAGGUUUACCAGCACCACAAUGCCUAUUCCACCCAUGCUCUACCAAGGUUUUCCAGCACCACGAUGUCUACUCCACCCAUGGUCUACCAAGGUUUUACAGCACCACAAUGCCUACUCCACCCAUGCUCUACCAAGGUUUUACAGCACCACGAUGCCUACUCCACCCAUGCUCUACCAAGGUUUACCAGCACCACGAUGCCUACUCCACCCAUGCUCUACCAAGGUUUACUAGCACCAAGAUGCCUACUCCACCCAUGCUCUACCAAGGUUUUACAGCACCACAAUGCCUACUCCACCCAUGCUCUACCAAGGUUUACUAGCACCAAGAUGCCUACUCCACCCAUGCUCUACCAAGGUUUACCAGCACCACGAUGCCUACUCCACCCAUGCUCUACCAAGGUUUACUAGCACCAAGAUGCCUACUCCACCCAUGCUCUACCAAGGUUUUACAGCACCACAAUGCCUACUCCACCCAUGCUCUACCAAGGUUUACUAGCACCAAGAUGCCUACUCCACCCAUGCUCUACCAAGGUUUUACAGCACCACAAUGCCUACUCCACCCAUGCUCUACCAAGGUUUUCCAGCACCACAAUGCCUACUCCACCCAUGCUCUACCAAGGUUUACCAGCACCAAAAUGCCUAUUCCACCCAUGCUCUACCAAGGUUUACCAGCACCACAAUGCCUGUUCCACCCAUGCUCUACCAAGGUUUUCCAGCACCACGAUGUCUACUCCACCCAUGGUCUACCAAGGUUUUACAGCACCACAAUGCCUACUCCACCCAUGCUCUACCAAGGUUUUACAGCACCACGAUGCCUACUCCACCCAUGCUCUACCAAGGUUUACCAGCACCACGAUGCCUACUCCACCCAUGCUCUACCAAGGUUUACUAGCACCAAGAUGCCUACUCCACCCAUGCUCUACCAAGGUUUUACAGCACCACAAUGCCUACUCCACCCAUGCUCUACCAAGGUUUACCAGCACCACGAUGCCUACUCCACCCAUGCUCUACCAAGGUUUACUAGCACCAAGAUGCCUACUCCACCCAUGCUCUACCAAGGUUUUACAGCACCACAAUGCCUACUCCACCCAUGCUCUACCAAGGUUUACCAGCACCACGAUGCCUACUCCACCCAUGCUCUACCAAGGUUUACUAGCACCAAGAUGCCUACUCCACCCAUGCUCUACCAAGGUUUUACAGCACCACAAUGCCUACUCCACCCAUGCUCUACCAAGGUUUACCAGCACCACGAUGCCUACUCCACCCAUGCUCUACCAAGGUUUACUAGCACCAAGAUGCCUACUCCACCCAUGCUCUACCAAGGUUUUACAGCACCACAAUGCCUACUCCACCCAUGCUCUACCAAGGUUUACUAGCACCAAGAUGCCUACUCCACCCAUGCUCUACCAAGGUUUUACAGCACCACAAUGCCUACUCCACCCAUGCUCUACCAAGGUUUUACAGCACCACAAUGCCUACUCCACCCAUGCUCUACCAAGGUUUUACAGCACCACAAUGCCUACUCCACCCAUGCUCUACCAAGGUUUUCCAGCACCACGAUGCCUACUCCACCCAUGCUCUACCAAGGUUUUACAGCACCACAAUGCCUACUCCACCCAUGCUCUACCAAGGUUUUACAGCACCACAAUGCCUACUCCACCCAUGCUCUACCAAGGUUUUCCAGCACCACAAUGCCUACUCCACCCAUGCUCUACCAAGGUUUUACAGCACCACAAUGCCUACUCCACCCAUGCUCUACCAAGGUUUUACAGCACCACAAUGCCUACUCCACCCAUGCUCUACCAAGGUUUACCAGCACCACGAUGCCUACUCCACCCAUGCUCUACCAAGGUUUACUAGCACCAAGAUGCCUACUCCACCCAUGCUCUACCAAGGUUUUACAGCACCACAAUGCCUACUCCACCCAUGCUCUACCAAGGUUUUCCAGCACCACAAUGCCUACUCCACCCAUGCUCUACCAAGGUUUUACAGCACCACAAUGCCUACUCCACCCAUGCUCUACCAAGGUUUUACAGCACCACGAUGCCUACUCCACCCA